UCUGUUUCUUAAGAGAAACGGAAUCGAACGCAUACUACGCACUCGCUAUAUAUCACUGCACGCGAUCUUCUAUCUUUCCAGCACAAGUUCAAUAACCCAACAUCCGAAAAUGUCUGCAAGCCCGUCCCCGUCCGCCGGUGGCGAUAGCAAGCCCAGUGAUCAGAUUCAUUUCCGCUUCUGUCGCGAAUGCUCCAACUUGCUUUAUCCGAAAGAAGACCGCAUCAACAACCGGUUGAUGUUCACCUGCCGAACCUGCCACGUCGGCGAGCCCGCGACCUCCUACUGCGUCUACCAAAACAAGCUGAACACCCAAGUCGGAGAUACUGCUGGUGUGACUCAGGAUGUGGGAUCUGAUCCUACGGUUUGUCUCCCGGGUUUCUGUGCUCAUUGUGGGGAGGAGAUUACCUGCUUCGUCUGUGACUCAUGGUCUGAGGACUCAUGGUCCGAGGAAGACUAUGACGGGUUUUCGUCGUCAUGAGGCCCAACUAUCAUGGAUACAUUCCAAGGUGUCUGAAAUUUCCGUGGCUAAUACACACUCUUAUUAGCUUCCACGAUCCAACAAGCUCUGCCCGAGCUGCGGUGAAGCCGAAGCAGUCUUCUUCCAGUCCCAACAGCGAUCUGCCGAAACUGGAAUGGUGAGCCUCCUUGCUUGGUGUUGGAGUCAAGAUGCGGGUGUUGGCUGACGUUCGAUCCCCAGAAACUUUACUAUGUGUGCUGCGCAUGCGGCAACGUUUUCGUCUGAUCUCGGUUUUAUCAUCUAUUUGUCAUGUACCUGAUACCCAAU